AGGAAAAAUAAGCUUCAGGUUUUUUAACCAAUAUUUUUUUACCUUGUAGUUUUGGCCAAAAAAGAAAAUCAGCAAGACAAGCAUGGUGACCCCUGGCAUGGACGAAGGCGUGUUCCUCGUGGAUGAUGCCAUUUUUUCGGCCAGCGAGGCACACCGGAUGACGCCCGAAGAGGAGCUAGCCGCUAUCCAACCGCGCCCGAUGGGUGAGAUUCUUUACAUCGCGUCUGUCGUUGCGCAGCAUAGGUUUCCAGUGGAGGUGGUGAACAACGUUCUCGAGUUCGCCGGGGUGUUGCUCGCCUUCCAGGCCGAAACUACAGAGUUUCGUCGCGGACGUAGCGAUAUGGAUGAGGAUUAUCUGCAGCUGCAGCUUCCCACCGCCGAGGAAUUAGAUAUUCCACCUGGAGUGGACGUAAGUAAAUGCUCGCUGCUGGUGGCAGACUGUGUGUCUAAAGAUCAGGGAUGGGCCACCGAUGGACGCGAACAUAAUGGCACGUACCGCGAGUCAAGCUCCUGGUCCGAGGUGGCGGUGACGUCGGUAAAUACGAUGGGAGAGAACAGAGAGACGGCGCGCGCGCUAUUCUGUCCGAACCUUCGUGCCGGCAGGAAUUUCCGUCACCACCGUAAGUACUUCGGCAGCUCCGCAGACCUGCUGCACCAUAUCAAGCUUGGCGAUUGUGUGUCGAUCGUUCUCCGGUCGCAGUAUCCCGGGUGGACAAACUCGGCCAAGUACGGUCGACUCGCGGUCUGCUUUGCAGUGGAGCUGAACGACAACUUCUCGUUUACCGACAUCUCGUUUCCUAGCAGCACUAACGAAAUGGAGAGCGCAGGUCCCUCUAUUCCGUGUAGUCUUCAGUAAGAGGAGGCCAUCUCGACUCAUUUUUUAUUAGCUCUGUCAUUCCAAUCAGACGCUUAACUCACGAAUUUCAGUCGUGCUUUCAAUCGAUGAUCCACACUAGCUUAUAGUUUUUUUUUAAAAGAAAGUUUCAGAUGGA